AUGCUAGCUUUGCGUGCCGCGCGGGCCCUGCGGGGAGCCCGGCGCUUCUCCGACGCGAGCGGCGGCCUCCAGCUCUCCUUCGCGGCGCCCCACACGGUCUACUACUUCGAGACCAGUGUGGCCAGUGUAACUCUACCGGGCGCGUCCGGCGAGUACGGUGUGACGGCCGGCCACUCGCCCCUCGCCGAGCAGCUGAGACCUGGGGUUGUGGCCAUCACCCACAAACAAGGCGAGGAGCCGGAGAAGUUCUUCGUGAGUGGCGGCUUCGCGUUCACCGACGCGGAGAAGACGGAAGUGUCCGCCCUGGAAGCCGUGAAGCUCGAGGACAUCGACGAGGCCAAGGUGCGCGCCGAGUACGCCGCCGCCGCCAAAGGAGAUGAUGACGACUCGAAGGCGGCAGCCGACGCGGCGAAGGCGAUGGCGGCGGCGAUCGGGGUGACGCUCUAGAGGAUUCGUGCGCCUAAGACUAG